UCAUUAAGCCAGAGGGUGUCGCGGACUUCGCCGCUUUCCAACACUAACCGGUCCGUUUGUUUGCGUGGGCGGGCGACAAUUUCCAACAACUGUGCGAAUAAUAAAUAAGUUCGGAUGGGAAAAUGUUUGGCCCAGGGCAGUCGGCGUUAGUCCUGACCACAGCACAAUGUCCGAGCGUCGAGGUGUGCACGAGAUACCCGGGGAGUACCAGCCAGUGCCCCAUCAGCCCAGCCUAGGAGGAGAACCAACUGUGUCCUCUUCGUGCUGCCGGCGUCCCAAUUGCAACUAUCAAAUCCGGGAUGGACAGAAGGUUUGCUGUUGCUGCGGCCACGGCUACAUCAUACCCGUGUUCAUACUCUUCGUCCUGGUGCUGAUUGUCCUGCUGUUGCCGUGGGAGACCAUCCACCGAAACGAGACCGCAAACAGCCCCGUGCCCGUGGACACUCCGUUGCCAUGCCAACUCGAGCUAGUGGAGAGCCUGCCUGUGGGUUUGAACUACAGCAACUAUGAGGGUAGUCACCCCCGUCUGAGGAGCACCUUCGAGGCUUGGCAGCUGCUACUGGGCAGGGCAAAGACCUCGCUGGACAUAGCCGCGCCCCACUGGACUCUGCGGGGCGUGGACGUCAACGACAGCAGCACUGAGCCCGGCGACCACCUCUUUCAGCGCUUGCUGGCCAACGGGGAUGCUGGCAGGCCGAAACUGCGCCUGCGAAUUGUGCUAAAUCGUAGCCAGGACAGUGUAUGGCAUGCUGAUGCCCGAAUCCUGUCUAACUACGGAGCAGCGGAUGUCGUGGGAAUUAACUUCCUGCAAUCGAAGCUAUGGCUGGCGGACGGCGAGAACUUCUAUCUUGGCAGCGCCGACAUGGACUGGCGUUCGCUCACUCAGCGCAAGGAGCUCGGUGUGCUGGGCAGGAAUUGUCCACAUAUGGCGCAGGACCUGGCCAAGAUAUUUAAGUCCUAUUGGUACCUGGGAAGCAAUGAGGUGCCUGAAUACUGGCCCUGGAUCUACCACACGCAAAUCAACCAGCGUCGACCGCUCCUCCUGAACAUAAACAAGAACCACACGAUGCGUGCCUAUGUGGCCACUUCCCCACCUGGACUAUCGCCCACUGGCAGGAGCCUCGAGCUGGAUGCCAUCAUAGGAGCUAUCGACAGGGCCACCGAAUUUGUAUCCAUUUCUUUGAUAGAUUACUCACCAAUAUUGAGAACCGGCAAGAAGGUGGAAUAUUGGUCCUACAUCGACAAUGCCCUGCGGAAGGCUGCUUUGGAGAGGAGUGUGGCCAUCAAGCUGCUUAUUUCCUGGUGGAAGUACUCGGAUCCGAGCGAGGAUUACUUCCUGAGAUCUCUGCAAGCGCUUAACAAGAUGCGGGAGGAGGUGGACAUAGAAGUGCGCCGCUUCGUGGUGCCCACCAACGAUGAGCUGGAGAAGAUCUCCAGCGGAAGGGUCGCCUGCAAUGCGUACCUGGUAACCGAUGAAAUAGCAUUUAUAGGCUCUGGCAGCUGGUCGGGCGAGCAUUUUAUGUAUUCAGCGGGAAUGGGGCUUCUCCUGCAAGACAUGGACUCCAACAACAACAGCCUGCGCACGGAUUUGCUGGCCAUUUUCCAGCGGGAUUGGUUCAGCCCCUAUGCUGUGCCCCUGAAACCGAAUUUGCGAAUUUGA